AUGGAGAGAUUAAACCAAUUACUGGGCCAACUUUCAGCUUCUAAGGCUGAUGCCAUCAGACAAAAGAACCCUGAUGAUGUCGUUAUUGUCGGUGCUUAUAGAACUGCUAUUGGUAAAGCCCGGAAGGGAAGUUUUAAAGAAACUGGAUCUGAUUAUCUUUUAAGCCAAUUAUUCAAGGAAUUAUUGAAGAAGACUGGUGUUGAUGCGAGUUUGAUUGAAGAUGUCACUGUAGGUAAUGUUUUAAACCCUGCUGCUGGUGCUACCGAACAUAGAGCCGCUUCCUUGGCUUCUGGUAUUCCUGAUACAGCUGCUUUCGUGGCCAUUAACAGACAAUGCUCUUCUGGUUUGAUGGCUAUUGGUGAUAUUGCCAACAAGAUCAAGUGUGGUGAAAUUGAUUGUGGGUUGGCUGCUGGUGUCGAAUCUAUGUCGACCAAUUGGGUUGCCGGACCAUUAGGUAAGCUUUCUCCCGCUUUGGAGAAGGAUGAAGAAGCUAAGAAGUGUUUGAUUCCAAUGGGUAUUACUAGUGAAAACGUUGCGCAAAAGUAUCAAAUCUCAAGAGCUGAAUGUGAUGCUUUCUCUGCAAAGUCAUAUGCAAAGGCUGCUGAAGCUGUAGCAUCUGGUAAAUUUAAAGAUGAAAUUUUACCUAUUGAAGUCUCUAUCACCGAAACCAAAGGUGGUCCCUCCAAAAGAGUCGUGGUUGACACAGAUGAGGGUCCAAGAAAGGGUGUUACUGCUGAAUCCUUAGGAAAGUUGAAGCCUUCAUUCAGAGCUGAUGGUAUAACCCAUGCUGGCAAUGCAUCUCAAGUUUCUGAUGGUGCAGCCGCUGUUCUCUUGAUGAGAAGAUCGUUAGCAGAAUCAAAAGGUUAUCCAAUCCAAGGUAAGUUUGUCUUGUGCUCUUCAGUCGGUGUCCCACCAGAAAUAAUGGGUGUUGGACCUGCUUAUGCUAUUCCACGAGUCUUACAAAAAUGUGGAAUAACCAUAGAUGAUGUUGCAGUCUUUGAAGUCAAUGAGGCCUUUGCAACUCAAUGUAUUUACUCACAGAAACAAUGUAACAUUCCUGAUGCUAAGUUGAACCCUAACGGUGGUGCUAUUGCCUUGG